CGGGGGUUGCAUGCAGAAAGCCUCUGUCUGCAUCCCUCUGGCAGGGAGGACGGAGGAGUUGCUGUCCAGGUGGCAAGGGAAGGGCCCGGCCAGGGGCCCGGAGUCCAUCGUCAGACUCAGGCGGGACAGAGGCCGUCCCUGAGGACAAAGCAGCAGGUCAAAGGAAGCCGCCUGCCCGAGGCCUGGGGAGUUACUUUGCACCAUCGCCCCCACUGGGACGUAUCGCAACACAAGUUCGUGUCACGCGGACAAGCAGAAGAAAACGAGGUUUCGCUUCUUCAUCCCGAGCCAAGGACGAUCCAGGGCUAGACCUCCCCACAGCGUGGGCCGAGGCUGACUGUGGCUUCACCUCGGCGUUGGGGGCACCCUGGAGGUCCACUGCGGACGUCACUCGGCACAGCCACAGGCCCAGAGGACUCCGCCUGGACUGGUCGAUGCCUCCCGAGGCGGACCUCGAGGGCCCUGCCGGCUGUGGGAGGCCCAGUUCCCACCGCACACUCCAGCCUUCAGACACAGCCGGGCGGACCGGGACUGAGCCCACCCCAGACCUCGCAUUUCCGGAGCCGAGACUGGCGCGGAACUAGACAGGGCGUGACCAAUCAGAGCCAGGCUUUCUGCGGGCACGGCCCCAGCGAUUGGACAGCGGGCGCGGCCCCGCCGAGAGAACAGCGGGAGCGGGGCGGGGCUUCCGGUCGGGGCAGAGGGGCUUCCGCCGGCGCGGCGCCCUGAAUGGCAGUGCUCAGGGCCGCGCUCGGGGCUCCUUUCGCGGCCGCCCGCGCCCGGCCGCCGCCCCUCGGCCGCCGCCCGCCGCCCGCGCCCUGCUCCGCCCUGGCCGGCGCCAUGGAGCCCGCGCCGCACUGGUUGGUGGGGCUGCGCUUCGACAACCGCGCCCUACGCGCGCUGCCCGUGGAGACGCCGCCGCCCGGCCCCGAAGGCGCCCCGUCCGCGCCGCGGCCCGUGCCCGGCGCCUGCUUCAGCCGCGUGCGGCCCGCGCCCCUGCGCCAGCCGCGCGUCGUGGCGCUGUCGGAGCCCGCGCUGGCGCUGCUGGGCCUGGGCGCGCCGCCCGCCGACGCCGACGCCCGCGAGGCGCGCGAGGCCGAGGCCGCGCUCUUCUUCAGCGGCAACGCGCUGCUGCCGGGCUCCGAGCCCGCCGCGCACUGCUACUGCGGCCACCAGUUCGGCCAGUUCGCCGGGCAGCUGGGAGACGGCGCCGCCAUGUACCUGGGCGAGGUGUGCACUGCGGCGGGCGAGCGCUGGGAGCUGCAGCUCAAGGGCGCCGGCCCCACGCCCUUCUCCAGACAGGCCGACGGCCGCAAAGUGCUGCGCUCCAGCAUCCGCGAGUUCCUGUGCAGCGAGGCCAUGUUCCACCUGGGCAUCCCCACCACGCGGGCCGGGGCCUGCGUCGUGUCCCAGUCCACCGUGGUGCGGGACGUGCUCUACGACGGCAACCCCAGGCCCGAGAAGUGUGCGGUCGUGCUGCGCAUCGCCCCCACGUUCCUCAGGUUCGGCUCCUUCGAGAUCUUCAAGCCGGCAGACGAGCUGACGGGGCGCGCGGGCCCCAGCGUCGGCAGGAACGACAUCCGCGUGCAGAUGCUCGACUACGUCAUCAGCUCUUUUUACCCCGAAAUCCAGGCCGCCCACGCCGGCGACAGUGUGCAGAGGCACGCCGCCUUCUUCCGGGAGGUGGGUGUGGGCUGUGUGCCCCCGGCCAGCCGGCCGGCCUGCCUGCCGGGAGGGCCUGGUGGACGCAGGCGACCCUGCUCCUCGGUCACCACGCAGUGGCCUGGGCGGGGCCAGCCAGGGUCAGGGCUCCUGGAACAGACCCACGACUGCUGUCCGAGCAGCAUCGACAGGCCCGGGUGCUGCGCAGAGAGUUGUGGCGGGAAGGACUCGGUCGGGUGGGAGUCGGUGCCAGUGGGGCUGGUCCCUCCCAACCCCCGUGACGUGGCCCCCCAGCCUCUCAGUUUGGGGGAGACCCUGACUUUCCUGGCUCCCGGCCGGGGGUCACCGCGGCACUCUGGACCUGCACGCCCGACCGUGCUUCAGCCGUCUUUCCCGUGGGCAGUGACCGGGGACGCUGGGGGCUCGGCUCUUAGCCGAGGCGGGUGGUCCAGGCACCCCCGGAAGCCUGGGGGGAGCUGUUCCACUCUGGGAGCGUCCGCAGGCUCGUGUGAGGCGUGGUGUGCGGGGCCAGUGUCUGUGGGCCUGCAGUUGGUAGGCAUCCGAGCUGCACAGGGCCCUGCGCCCAGGCAGGGGAAGAGGCAGGCUGGCAGCGGGACCCUGGGCACAGCAGCUGGGACCUGGGGCAGGCAUGCUGAGAAUGUGGUGACCUCGUCUCCCUGUCGUCCUGCUGGGCCUGAGUCAAGGGAAUGCCAGGGGUCUCUCAUUUUCCUGCUUUGGAUAAAAGCCCAGAUCGUGUCUAGAAAAGAGGCAGACAUGACAUUCCUGUUGUGGCUCCAUGAGGACUCAGGUUCGACCCCUGGCAUCGCUCAGUGGGUCAGGGAGGUGUGGCCAUGAGCUGAGGUGUGGGUGGCAGACAAGGCUAUAGGCCUGCAGUGCAGCUCUGAUGCCACCCCUAGCUGGGAACCUGCACAGGCCAUGCAGCCUAAAGAGCAAAAAAAAAAAAGGUAGGUGGUGUGAGGAUGAGAGCGCCACACAAACGGACCACCCCACGUGCUCUUUCUCCUUCUUCAGGAUUCUUGGGUGUUCUCCCCUCAGCUGAGCGUUGGCUGAGAUGAUAGGACUCCGGGUCAGGCCCCUUGGGAGUCGCUGUGGCGCAGGCCGUGGGGGGGGGCACCCCGAUGGGGGGUGGGCAGCGGGGAGCAGCCGGUGGCCGGCC